AUCAUAAUAUUGAGCUAAUAGAAUAUCUGACUUUUAAAGAUAUCGAAAUAGGUAUCAUUUAGAUAAUUUUUAGCAUAAUUAUAUAUUGAUUAAAUCUCAUCAUGUCAGAAGAUACAACUAUUGCGGAAAAAGAAAUACAUAAUACAUUGUUUUAUUGCAAUUUUUUCAUUCGAAACAUAGGAUUGUCGUUUAUUGAUGAAAUACCGACCACUUAUGCACGGAAAAUUAUCGUAUUCUCGUCUUUUGUAGUAGUAUUUUGUUUUUUAGUUCUGUUAUUGCUUGGGCAAAUUAUCUUUAUAAUAAUUUUGAUGGUAAAUUCGGUGUCUGUGGAACAGUUUAUCGGCGGUAGUAAUUUACAUGUUUUUGGAUAUGGUAUAAUGUGUUUUGGAAAGUUAUUAACCCUUUGGUACAAGAAAAAUACAUUUCGUCAAGUAGUGAAAGAACUAGCCGAUAUUUGGCCUAUUGUUGAGACGAAUCCUGAAGUAGUUAUCAUAAAGGAUAACAGUCUAAAAACAUUGCGAUCGAGAGAAAUUGCAUAUAUAGCUUGGAACGUGUUAGGAGUAUGGUUUUUUAUUUUGACUCCAGUGAUGCUGCAUUUGUAUCGAUUGGCCAGAGGUACACCUUCCAAUUUGGGUUUGGUAUGGCGAUUAUACUAUCCUUUCGAUGCGACAAAGCCUUUCAUACACGAAUUUGUAUAUGUAUUUGAAAUAAUCAGUGGGUUUGCUUGUGUGUGUUGCAUGCUGGGUUCCGAUAUAUUUUUUAUAAGUAUGACAAAUCACAUCAGUAUGUUGUUACGUUUAUUGCAAGAUAAGAUUAAGAGCCUUGGUCAGGAAGACGAGCGUGGUUCCAUUAUACAACCACUCGAUUGUUAUGAUGAGAUUGUUGCUGUAGUUCAGAUUCAUCAGAGAUUGAUCAGAUAUGCGAAUGAUCUGGAGGAUGCAUUCUCUGCGGUGAACUUGAUCAAUGUUCUUUUGAGCUCUGUGAAUAUAUGUUGCGUUAUGUUCAACAUAGUAUUUUUAGAUCCGUUAAUGGAAGUGAGCAAUAAGUUAUUUCUUGGAGCAGCAUUAACACAGAUGGGAAUAGUGUGUUGGUAUGCCGACGAGAUAUACAGAGCGAGCAUAGGCGUCUCAGAUGCCGUAUAUGAAAGUGGAUGGUACAAUUGCAACAUUCGGUGUCGACGCGCGCUCCUGCUCAUGUUGCAAAGAUCUCAAAGACCACUUUACUUCACAGCAUUAAAGUUCAACACUAUUACAUUAAAUACUUAUAGAUCGGUUCUUACAACAUCCUAUUCGUACUUUACACUACUUUAUACAUCAUAUCGUCAAGAUUGAUUUUGACGGUCAAGUAAUACGAGUAAUCUGUAUACGUCGUUACUGCCUUCUUUGUAUUUUUUCUUUACAUCUGUUUUUAUCCCGUAUUUUCAUUUCACCUUGAAACUUAUAAUAAUAUAAACAUUUUCAAAAGAAAGAUGGUAUUGUUUUCAACUUAAUAUAAAUUUUAAUUUAUAUUAUAGUGAAUUCGAGAUAUUUACAAUGAAUGUGAAAAUAAUUAAAAAAAAUUAUUUUACUAUUUACUUUUAUAUAUUUAUUAGAUAUGUGGAUUAAGUAAUAAUUAUAUUCCCAAUUAUUUCUUUUUAUUUGUAAGAUUUCGCUUGGUUAAUAAAUUUAUGGCCUAUUUGAUGGUAAGUUAUAACUACCACCUAGACAUGAACAAAAUUAAUCUUUGAUAUAAUAUUUAGAACUUAGCUGUUAUCAAAUAGUAUGAAAGAAUUGAGAGACGUGUUAAAUAUAGUAAUAAUAUUUUAAAAAAGAGAAUUUUUAUGGUUGUAUUUUCGUGUGUUGUAACAUUAAUCCCAUCCCAAUUUCCCACAUUUAUUGCUGCUUCUAUUUUGUACCUAUUUGUUUAUCGUGUAUAA